UAUGCUAUAUGUUUAGGAAAGUAGUGGAUACAGAAAAUCUGUACGAAACAGCUUAUCAUCUAGUAGAAAUCAAUAAAAAAAAUUAAAAGCAAGUUAAUAGUGCGAAGAUAUUUUACUUAAUAUCAAUUCUAUGAUGAAUAAAUUAGAUUAUUUGCAAUAGGCAAUUGAAAAUAGAAAUCAUGAGACAAAAGCAUAGUUAAGAAAAUACACACCUCAAAAAUAAUUAAAUAAAGGUGUGUAGAAUUUUAGUAAUCACUAAUAGGAUGCCUAUUUAAUUGGGGAUAAAGAAAAUAACUAUGAGAAAUUGAAUUGUUAUUAUCUAAUGAAGAAAUUUGAAACUUAGAAAAUUCAGCAUUAGCAUCCAAGAUCAGAGUUUUCUAGAAGGAGAUCCUUUGCUAAUUGA